AUGGGUAGGAACGGAAAGCUCGCGAAUCCUUCAAGCACAAGAUCGGAGGCGUCUUCACCUUUUUUAUCGGCUUCUGAACCCAUCGCAUCUCAAUUUGACGAGUCACCGGCGUUAUCAAGAGCUUCUAGUCCCACUACUGUGCGCUCGUCUUCCCCUAUUGGCACUUCUGUGGCCGCCAUGUUCGAAAAUAUGCCAGCAGCCUCAGAAACCUCCACCUCUGGAGGUAUGCGCUCGCCCUCAUUGACGCCUGCUGCUGACCCUGAGCUCGAUCCUAUACAAGCCGAUGAAGCCAAUAAACCAAUGAUCAACAGUCAAUCUGAUGAUGAGAAUCCAUUCAGCUGCUCCAUUGUGAUUGACGAGUUUAGUGAUGACGAGGAUGACGAGAAAGCAAUUGCAAGGAUCUCCAGCCAGAUCCCAUUAUGGGAAGAUUGGUCUCGCAGCGACGGUAUCAAAGCGGAAUCCGAAGAAUCUCGAAACCCCACAUCAACCGCUCCGAUCCGAGAUAGCUUUUACCCAGGAGAGAACAAAGGCCGCGAUGACCCCGAUGAUCAGUCCCCGGAAAUUCCGCAGUUGAAUACAAAUGGUCUAUCGAACUGGGUUUCCAGUCCUCUACUUCCCAUCAGACCGGCCCCAACCAAAGCUCAGGGGAAUUCGGACGCCACAAUUAAGAAAAAGAAUCUCUUCUACCAUCACUACGCCGCGAUACAGCGGCCCGCACUGCAAAACCGCUUCGCCACAUUCAUGGCCCAGCGCGUCCAGAUGCCCUCCUCAAAUCAACCUCACUCAUGCCAUCUCUUCGCAGGCCAAGCAAGCGGCAACUCUAGCAGUAUCAAAUUCUCCAUUUCCUUCAAGCACCACUCGCAACGCUACCGACUCACGCUCAACUUCGGCGUCAUCAAUCUCCUCCUCCACAAUCGACUCACGCCCGAGGACAUCCACGGCUUAGUGUACGAGAAAUGGCAUCUCAGUCACCUAUGCGGGAACUGGCGCUGUGUAAACAUCGAACAUAUCCGGGUGGAACCGGGGGCGGUGAACGAAAACCGGAAUAAAUGUCUGCGGCCGAGAAAGGGGGAUCCAGUGGAGUGUGAGCAUACGCCGAAGUGUUUGACGGAGCACACGCUGCCGAUUACGGAGGAGGAUAAGAGAGCGAGGGCGGGAGGACGCAAGAUGGUUGUUGAAGAAGAAGAAUGGCGAAGAGGACUAGAGGAGGGGGGGGGGACCGAUCUCGAGAAACUGAAUUGCUAG